AGGACAAACACCGCGCACGCACCGCCUUCUCCACUACUUACCCGAAUCCUAACGCUAUUCCACUGCAUUCUGCUCCGAAAUGGCCCUCGCCACCAACGCCGCCGCCGCAGCCGCCAUCUCCGGAGGGUCCGCCUCACAGCCCCGCCGCGCGUCGCCGUCGCUGCUCCUGCUCAGGCGCCGCUGCGCCGUCGGCGCCGUACACGCCGCGGAGCCGUCGAAGAACCCCGGCGUCGUCCCGGCCGCCGCGAAGGCCUCGACGCCGACGGUCGUGCCCGAGAACGACACCGUCCCGGCCCCGUCCCUUGGCCCGAACGCGUCGUUGCGCGCGAGGUGGGCGGUGGACAGCUGGAGGACGAAGAAGGCCCUGCAGCAGCCAGAAUACCCGAACCAGACAGAGCUCGAGGAGGCGGUCAACACGAUCGAGAAGUCUCCGCCGAUCGUCUUUGCCGGGGAGGCGCGUCACCUGGAGGAGCGCCUCGCCGACGCCGCCGUCGGCCGCGCAUUCCUCCUCCAGGGCGGCGACUGCGCCGAAAGUUUUAAAGAGUUCACCAGUGCUAAUAUCCGCGACACCUUCCGCGUCAUCCUGCAGAUGGCCGUCGUGCUGACGUUCGGCGGCCAAAUGCCCGUUGUCAAGGUCGGUAGGAUGGCCGGCCAAUUCGCGAAGCCGAGGUCGGACGCGUUCGAGGAGAGGGGCGGCGUGAAGCUGCCCAGCUACCGGGGCGACAUCAUCAACGGCGAGGCUUUCGACGAGAAGAGCCGCGUCCCCGACCCACAGAGGAUGCUCAAGGCGUACUACCAAUCCGCUUCCAAGCUCAACCUGCUCCGCGCCUUCGCCACCGGUGGCUACGCGGACAUCCAACGCGUGACACAGUGGAACCUUGACUUCACUAAACACAGCGAGCAGGGCGACAGGUACCGUGAAUUGGCACAUCGGGUUGAUGAUGCCCUUGGAUUCAUGGGUGCAGCUGGGCUAACAGUGGACCAGCCUUUGACGACGAUGAUCGAGUUCUGGACCUCACAUGAGUGCCUCCUCCUACCUUACGAGCAAGCCUUAACCCGGCAAGACUCCACCACCGGUCUUUUCUACGACUGCUCCGCCCACAUGCUCUGGGUCGGCGAGCGCACCCGGCAGCUUGAUGGCGCCCAUGUGGAGUUCCUGAGGGGGAUCGCCAACCCCCUUGGCAUCAAGGUGAGCGACAAGAUGGAGCCCGGCGAGCUGGUGAAGCUGAUCGACAUACUGAACCCGACGAACAAGCCCGGGAGGAUCACCGUCAUCACAAGGAUGGGGGCAGAGAACAUCAGGGUCAAGUUACCUCACCUUAUCCGCGCGGUCCGCCAGGCUGGACAGAGUGUCACCUGGAUCACUGACCCGAUGCACGGGAACACCAUCAAGACUCCUUGCGGACGAAAGACUCGGCCAUUUGACUCCAUUCUGGCCGAGGUACGGGCCUUCUUCGAUGUGCACGACCAAGAGGGAAGCCAGCCUGGAGGUGUCCACCUUGAGAUGACCGGUCAGAACGUGACCGAAUGCACGGGCGGGUCAAGCAACGUCACCUUCGACAACCUGAGAGACCGCUACCACACGCAAUGCGACCCCAGGCUGAACGCGUCCCAGUCCCUGGAGCUCGCCUUCAUACUCGCCGAGAAGCUUAGGAAGCGGAGGAUGCGGCGGUCGUCGGUGGCGUCUGGGCUCGGCGGCAGCAUCUUGCCCUUGCCGCCCUUUGGCUUUUGAUGUCUUGCACGCUGGCUGUGUGCAUGCAGGGUGCAGUGCAGGGGUGUGGUAGGAGAAUCUUACGUUGUCGUUUGCCUUGCUAUGUAGUAUGUAAUGCUUUAAUUUACUGCAUUCUACGUCGUUUUUUCCCUUCUUCUUCUAUUUGUUUCUUUUUGUACGUAGCUGCAGCUCAUAAGAGAUUGAAUAAUACUAUUGCUGCCACAUAUAUAGACGGAGUUGGCUUUGUGAAUU